AUAUCCGUAUUCAAGGAUAUCGAUCGGUCUGUAAUGAUGAAGUUAUAUUACAGUGUUAGCAUGGAGAACAGGAUUGCAAUAUUGUCCUAUUCCUAUGACUGUUCCUAACCGUGGUGACCACUGUAUCGAUCUAACUACUGGUUGUGUAUUUACCGUCUCGGUCACACGUUAAAUAGAGUCAGUUUAUCAGGACGAGUGUAUCAUACACUGUUGACUGAGGUGGCGUUGACAUGGAUCACCCUGUGCUUCAUAGUGUUGCACUUUUCUCAAACAGCCAGGAAGACAUCACAAUCUGGUGAUCGAAUAUCACACAGCAGAUGAAAAAUGGUCCAGACCGGACAAUUCUACCAAGGUUCGAUGCUGUUGCAGCCGUUGUGUGAUGUCAUCGGACUUCCCAUCGACCAUAUCAAUUUCCUAGCCUCCUUCAUUAUAGCCUUUUCCAGCGGGAUAUUGAUGCGGAAGGCACUCCCUGCAGGCAGGGAGAGAACAACGCAACGCCAUGUUCUUGAGUUAACCUUAGGCCUAGCAUUAGGUUAUUUCUGCUUUGGGUAUCAGCUGCUGCACUUAGUGUUAUACGCCACUCUGCCUUAUCUCCUGGUGCUGUAUGGUCCUAGACGAUCGUAUCACUCGCUUGUCUUUUUCGUCGCCUUUGCGUACAUUGUGAUAAUGCAUUCGUACCGACUAUACUAUGACUAUGGUGGAUUCUCGCUAGACGUCACCGGACCCAUGAUGCUAAUGACACAGAAGGUGACAAGCGUGGCCUUCUCAUUACAUGACGGUAUGGAUGUGCCAGAUGUUACACUGUCAGAGGAUCAACGAAAGAAUUGUAUAAGGAAGAAGCCGUCCAUGCUGAUGUAUUAUAGCUACAUGUUUUCAUUUCACGACAUCAUGUCCGGUCCGCUUGUGUUUUAUGACGACUACCUCAGUUUUAUAGACGGGUCAAGUACUAAAGUCCCACCACCUAACAAGGAGAAAAAUCACAACAACAAAGCGCGUGAACCAUCUCCAAAUGCAGCCAUGGUAGAAACAAGUUUAGUAGCGAUCGUGACUGGAGUCCUGAUGCUUCUUACGCCUAUAUACUUCCCUAUUUCUACUAUGGCAGAUGACACAUUUUUGUACAAAACAAACAUCAUCUACCGAAAUCUUUAUAUGAUAAUAGCCGUUAGUCUACAUCGAUCUAAAUACUACUUUGCAUGGAAAUUAGGUGAACUGUCCAAUCUUGGAGCAGGGCUUGGAUUCAGAGGAUACGAUGAGGAAGGCAAGGAGAAAUGGGAUUUGCUGACUAAUAUCAGUAUAUGGAAGUUAGAGACAUCUACAAGUUUGAAAGUGUUUAUAGAUUCAUGGAAUUUAAAUACUGUUGUGUGGUUACGGCGUGUGAUAUACGAACGAGCCCCGCCCUCCGUCAAAACGAUGGCAGUGUUUGCAUGUAGUAGUGUCUGGCACGGAUUGUAUCCCGGAUAUUACGUCACAUUCGUCUCCACGGCAUUAGCCGUCAUGGCUGCGAGAAAGAUGCGGAGAAAUGUCCGCCAUCAUUUCCAGACAUCUGAGGCCAAAAGGAUUUUUUACGAUUCUGUAACAUUUAUUGCUACAAGACUUGCUGGAGGUUACCUGAUGUCACCAUUCUGUUUAUUAGAGUUCACAGCCAGCAUCAAACUACUCAUAUCUGUGGGCUUUCAUAUACACAUAUUAUCAGCAGGAGCACUUAUAUGUUUCCUUUUCAUCAAUUCAUCUCAGAAGAAAAGUUGAUGAGGACAUUUUGCAAUGUGAUUUAUUCUUUAUAUAUGUGUGAUAGAAAUGUGUGUAUGUUUAAUUAUGAUUUUAUAGAUUUUUUGUAACCUGAUUUUCAUUUUUAUAUAUGUGUGAUAUAAAUGUUUAAUUAUGAUUAUGAAAAGUAUCUGGUGUGUUUAUUUAUAUACUGUAUACGAUGCAAAAUUAAAAUAUAUCAUUAUUAAUAAAAAAAAAAAUCAAUCAGUAAAGUAUUGUUUACUUAUUAACGUAUUGAUUUUGUGUAAAUACCUGUAUAAUCAACAUAGUCCACGGUGUUUUACAUAUUUUUGCGUUGUUGUUUAAACCUAGAUCCAUACUCACUAGCUUGGAUUGAAUCUUUACUUCAGCUUAUACGAGCAACCAAAGGGUAUUUGUUUAUUAGAAAUUUUUACUUAGGACAAUGACACAAAUAUUCAAUUAAAUAGUUAACUAUCUGAAAAUAUAAAACUUA